CUUCCGGUUAAUUAGCGGUUGUGGGGUGAGAGCUUGAGGGGGAACUGUCAUUUGUGAGACAACUCUAUUUUCUAAGGAAUCAUGGCAUUGCACGUUCGCAUUUCGAAUAAUAAUUUGUUGAGAUUGCUGAAAUUACGAUUGAUGCCGUAUGCAGCGCAAGUUCACGGCGAGCACAAUCUUGACAAGAACUGUCAGCGUUUGUCAAGUGAAGAUCUGACCGAGAGUGACAUCUGCCAUGGUGGAACACAGAAUAUAUGUCACUUGCGAGACACUCACAUGUACAUGAGAAGCAUGCAUUUAAACUUCUCGGAUAAUACUGACAUUGACAAGUGUUCGGAAUACCGGUGCGUUAGACUUUCUGACUGUACUCCCACUCACAGCGGUCACUGUUGCCAUGACGCCCAUCACUGUGAUUCUCAGAUGCAGAAGAAGAAUGCUGCUGUUUGGCCCAUGUCUCUGCUUGAUGUUCAGAAACUACUUUUCUCUUCAGAGUAUCAGAAGAUGGGUACUGCAUGUGAUAUACUGGAUGACAUUUUCAAACCCAUUCAACCCACUAGUGAUGAUAUUUUCUAUAACGAAGUUCUCAGGCGUGAAUCGACAAACAGCGUUACAAGACAUGACAUUCACUAUAUUGGUGACGCGUUGUUGAGAAGAAGCAAUAGUUAUUCCGUGGGACUUGCCAGCUUUGAAGAAGGUGUUGUGUUUUGUGAUGGCAGUGCUAGCAAAACCGAUGAGUCUAAGACCAAGAAAUCGGACAAAAGUCCUGGACCUUCUGAAGAACAGCUACGAGUUGUGCAUGACUAUUUUGUUAACUAUUUGCCACAGUUCUUUCGACUUAAGCUGGAUUUUCGCUCCUGUCAUAAAGACAUCAUUUUUGAGAACAAUUAUUGGGGAAAAAACAAAAUUGUCCAUGGCGUUACUGCUUAUGCCAGUGAAUUGAACAAGAUACGCUUUCUGGCUCUGUUGAAGUACACCCGUGUCAACAUGCAUAUUCUGAAGAUCACAAUACACACUGAGGACGGCACUGUCCGGGUGCGCUGGAGAAUCAGUGGCAUCCCACAGCUCCGAAGCCUUUUCAUCGGGAGAAACCUCUUUUCAAAGGGAAAGGAAAAUGACGAUGUGUGGCAUGAUGGUUUUUCUGUGUUUCAUGUUGGAAAAGAUGGUCUAAUUCACAAACACCGGGUCGAUCGUGUGAUGCCAGAUGAAGAACGUCAAGUGAGCAAAGCAACUUCCUUUGCUACAAGGCUUGCAAUCCUUUUAGGGUUGUCACCGAAACCAAGUCUGACCGACUUCUCUUCUCUCUUCAUGAGAAAGCCAGCACUGACGGUCAAGUAGAUAGAUUGGUGUUUCCAGUAGUGUUGUGUGGACUAUUUACACUUUCACGAUCAAGUCAUUAGUGUCUUCAGUACUGUCGAGUGUGUACUGUAUUAACACCUUCACAGCUAAAUACCCUACAUACAUGUUUUCAGUGCACAUGUACUGUAGAAUUUGUACUGUAUUAACACCUUCACAGCUAAGUAAUCUAGACACGUUUUCAGUGCUCGAGUAUCGUACUGUAGAAUUUGUACUGUAUUAACACCUUCACAGCUAAGUAAUCUAGACACAUGUUUUCAGUGCUCGAGUAUCGUACUGUAGAAUUUGUACUGUAUUAACACCUUCACAGCUAAGUAAUCUAGACACAUGUUUUCAGUGCUCGAGUAUCAUACUGUAGAAUUUGUACUGUAUGAACAUCUUUACAGCUAAAUAACCUAGACAAGUGGUAUACUGCAGGUAAGUAAAUAGUAUAUUCAAUACGUAAGUACAGUCAAAUGUGGGCUGUACUAACACUUUACUGCUACUUUGACCAAGGCUUUUUAGUAUUUCUGUAUAAUAGGGUGUGUUAGCAUUUUACUCAAGAUGUAGGGGUUGGUAUUAAUAUUCCACCAAUGCCCCUUUAAGGGCUGGGGUGGGUAGGGGUGGGUAUUUUUUUGUAUUGGGACACUCAAGUGUCCCAGAAAGAAAUUGUCAUGUCCCCUGCCAAAGACCCACUGAGAUGAGGGAGAGAACUAACAAAUUUAGUAGAAGUGACUUCAAACCUAAAGUUCUUGGCCUUACUCCUUAUCUGAAUUUAUCUUUGAUAGAUCUUGGAGCCCAAUUUCAAUUUCCCAAGCCAAACAUGGGGAUUCUUUUUCUUCUAAGAGAUGAUGAGGUGUAGUAAUAAAGCAGGCCUCUAAGAAUUGAAAAUUUGCAUAAACCAUUUAUGGGUUACGCCAAAACAAAUUCAAACAAUACUUGCGCGAACGAAACUAUCGCCCUCGCAAUUUUCAAAGGCCUGAUAAAGAGAAACUAAAAACCAUUUUUUCCUAUACGUUUCUUUCCCUCACAAAUUUGUUUUAUUGCAAUCUGGUUAAAUCAAUUUUAUGAACUGAAUCUAAUUUGUUCUGUAGAUUUUAUUAAAACAAAAUAGCUUUUUGCACAUUUGCCAUUCUUAAUCAAUUUUGUGAACUAUAUGUACAACAUACAGUGUAUAUUAUUAAUAAUGGGCAUGUAUUUGUGGUGCGAUAUUUUAAGUUUGCUAAAUUGAGAGAAACAAUGCUACUACAGGAUCUUCCCAUUUGGUUGAAUUCCCAUUGGUCAAGUAGUCAAGAAUUAUUAAUCACCUGCCUUUUAUUGGUAAUAUGACAGACACCUUGUAUGCAUAAUAUAAAGCAUUUAAUUAAACAUUUAAAAAAUAUAACAUUUUGAUGAAAUAAUUUCAAAUUGUUAUGACUUCAAGUUUGCUUAAAUGUUCUAAAAUAUUUUGAGAUGCCAAUUACUAGAACCUCGUUUACUACACGUUUGAAUCUUAUUUUAAGAUUCUCAUUUACUAUCUCUGUGUUGACACAUUACAUUUAACGAAGCAAAACCAUUUAGCAUUAGGUAGCUAAUGCCACGAGUAACCAUUGUUUUGUUUUUUGUUGUUUUUAGUGUUUUUGUACUAAUUUCAUGUAGAGCAAAUAGAAAUUCAACCAAAAGAGAAGGAACCAACUGUAAUAUUCUCUAACUAAAAGUGUGAUUUUUUGUAUUUUUGUUUGAAUAUAUUUUUGGAGUUCACAGGGUUAGUUAGUUAGUUUGUCCAUUUUCUGCCUGACCUUUUUUGUAAACAGACAAAAGUGCUAACAUUUAUCUAUUUAUGUCCUUGAGCUAAUAUUUUGCAUUUUAUGAAUGUGUCGUAAAAUAAAGCAAAAUCGUCAAAAAGCA